CCACUCGUCAGCCACAAAUCUGGCCACUUUCAAACAGCCCGACUUGCCUAUUUGAACGUGGCCUGUCACCGAUAUAUGAAUAAAUUAUCAAGUGGCUCACAGGACAGGACCAGAUUCUGACUCACAGCUCUGAUGUCUGAUAUUCUUGAUAUAUAUAUAUGAACACGACUUGAGCAAAAUCUGUUUCAACCAUUGUGUGUGCCUGCUGUCGACGGACCUCAGUGUUAGUAACUUAAGACAACCCGAUACUGUAUGUGGGGAAAUCUGUUUGAAAUCUUCAAUACCAAGACACAGCUUUUCAUUGAAGGAUACGCGAAUCCAAUAUACAAUAUAAGAAAAAGAGAGAGUGUAUCUGAGUUUUUAAUUGAGCGAAAAAAACACACAAAAAAACAAAUAAAAACAAGACAAGACAAAGAAUUACCAUGUACGAUCUCGUGUCUGUCCGAGAAGUCUGUCGAGAGUACUCGGCCUCGUCUGCGAGAGUGGACAGGUCACUUCAAACACUUAGACUAGAAAUGGUGAGUUGUUGUUUUUUCUUUUCAAAAUUAAUUAUUUAAUAUACUUAAUGUUUUACCCGUUCCAUUCCACACCACGUUGCAUUAAUUUGAAUUAGAAGAUGUAUCCGCUAAUCUGGAUGAAUGUGGAUUACUUGCUUUGUUUUCCAGUAGGACUAAGCAGUUGCACAAAAAUCUGAUUUAGUUUAUUGUCGUAGUUCUUCAUUGUGGCUAAGUUAUAAAUCCCCUUGUUCUGCCAACUCUAAAGGAGUCCAUUUUAAAAAAUUCAAUUAGGUAUGUCAUUUUUUUAAAAAAAUCUUGGUUAAGAAGAAAACAAAACAACUUUCCUCAGCAUACACGUAAAAAAAAUGAUCACCGCAUUGGCUCUAAUCGCAAAUAAGCAGAGGCGUAGCGUGGUGGGGGAAGGGGGGACAGAUGUCCCCGGGUGCCAGCUAGUUAAGGGCGCCAAAAUGUGCUUUGAUAUUAUUUUAUUGAUGAAAAUAAUGGGUUUGAGAGUUGAAAAAAAGAAAAAGGGGCGCUAAAAAUGGAUCUUGUCCCCGGGCGCGAAUCUUGUCCCCCGGGUGCCAAACACCCUCGCUAUGCCACUGCAAAUAAUUUAACUUGGUUUAUACAUUUGAUGUCAUUUCUCGAUAACAUAUUUAAAGGAGCACACAAUUGAAGUCAAAGUUAAAGUCGCCCUUAAUGACGUUACAUUGAUUCUUAAAUUGAUGAUUUAAUGAAGUUACAUGGAUUCUUACAUUGCUGAUUCAGUGAAGCUACAUGGAUUUCUUCUUGAUGAUGUGUACUGACAAUGUAAAGCGUUAUACAUCACAGUCUAUCACAUGUCUUAGUAAGAUCCAACUCUUGAAAUUGUUGCACUCUAUUAAGAAAAAUAAUAUGGCGCUCAAAGACGGUGUCUGUAAAUCUUCCCAAUUUUAUUUCCCCCCCACCCACCAGGCACUUUUUUAAAGUAGAAAUAAUUCGAUAUGUAAUUUAUUCAAUGUCUGUGUUAUUCCCAUUUUUGUGGUAUGGGGGUUGGGGGGGGUUGUUAUUGAGAUAAUUUGAGAGACUGGGGAGCAGAGUUGUAUUUGUAACAUUUUAAAUAUACAGCUCCUGCGCUACGUCACAUUGGUGUUUCCGAACACGUGCAGUCACGUGCAAUCACACAUAGUCACGUGCAAUCACGCGCAGUGACGAUGGUGGAGUUUGACUUUGAACCCGGUUUUAAUAAGAACCCGUCUUAAAACAGUCUGACCAACAGUCUUAUUGGACCUGACCUUGAGUAGCAGGGUACAAUGCUCAAAUAGUGGACUAGCUUCUGGGGAUUUCGGAAGCUAAAUAUAACCGGAUGAGUGUUUCCACGACAAAUUGUUACAUUUCCUGUCUUUCUUACGUCACAUGGUUCACUGUACAGUAUACUCAUCACACUUAAUACGUACCGAUCUUAGACAAGAUGUGGAGUCAACCAAGUAGGUAUUUCAAAUCUCGUGUUGUUUCAAGAUGUUUUUUAAAAAAAAUAUCAAUUAGCAAAAAGCCGAACUUAGACAGUAUGGACCAAUGGCCGUAACUAGACUUGUCCUUGGGACCUUAAUGAGACUGCAACUACCUUUAGAACAAGUAGUCUUACGGUUAAACUGUGAUGUCCAUGCGUUUGCUGCGACUUCAUCUUAACCAAACUUAGGCUACUUAGCCCUCUCCCCACUUUUCUCCCACAUUAUCUUAGCGAUCAUUAUAGUAAUAAUAAUAAUAAUAAAGUUCAUUUCAAAAACACGCUUCAUCCCCAAAGGCUCGAAACGCGGUACAAAGUCAACAAAAAACAAAUCUAUAAUUUACCACAUUUAAAACAAACGCAACACUACAAAAACUAAUUACAAGCAUACAAUGUCAAAGUCUUUCUAGCCAUUUCAACCGUGAGCAACACAGCUAAUAUGCAUUAAAUGGAAAAUAUGGUAGACAAUCAUCCCAGAAGGUGUUUGCGAAAUAAAUGUGUCUUUAAAUCGGUGUAAAAGGACUCCAGUAAUAUAAUGUAAUGUCAUUUCCCUCAAAGCUUUUCUCCAGUUGAUAUUAUAAUUUUUUUUUUUAAAUAUCUUUUUUUUUUUAGAUGUCUCUGAGACGUCAAGACGUGGCACUUCUUAAACAGCUGGUCACCAUUAACGACGUCAUCAAAUCCCUCCGCACGCCAAGUCACCCCGGAGCUGCGCCACCUCCUCUGCUUCAGUCCAACUCUAUCUACCACAACCGAACGCUGGCGGACUUCAGGGCCAGACUCAGCAUCAAACGAACUCCUCCAGAGAAGACCGGGCAUGGGCAUACGAGAACCAUCAGAGAAUGUUCUGGAACCAUCCACCGCGAAAGUGUAGCUACGGGCAACAUGAAGACACCAACAUCCAAUCCAACAACAUUGAAUAAUAGCCAGUCUGGCACGGAGAAGGCCCAAGUUGGCAAUAAGAUUCACCGCCAGAUCUGUGAAAAUGAGCCACACACGGCUGGCCAUGACGCUCAUGUCAGACCAAGGGCGCAGACCCUGGGCCGUACUACCAAGGAAAUCAACACGGAAUUCGACCUCAGGUGCCGGACGGCAAGCACGGACACGAUAGCGUCUCAAUCCGACAGCGCAUACGGUUCGGGUUCAGAUCUCGAUGAUUCUCAAACAUGCCUCAACACCGUGACACCACCAUCACCAUUUUCUUCUAUUGUAACAAGCACCCCACCUCGGCCAACAUCACACCCCAUUCCAUCCCACAAUUCAAAAUUUUCUCUGACUCCUUCCAUGUCAUCAAAGGCGCAGUUGUCCUCACGCAACAGAACAAACUGGCUGGAAGAGGAGGGUCAUGAAGACAAUUAUGAGAGGAUGCUGAAGAAAAAUAUGCACAUCUGGAGGGUCAGCAAGGUCGAGCCAGUCGUAACUGACUUGUAAUGUGGUCUUAAUGAGCUUAAAGUUCAAAUUCAAGUAUUAAUAGUGCCAUGGGGUGAGAACUACACCGCCGCCCGACGUGUGGGGGUAGAGAGGAGCAAACUUAUUUUUUUUCAUCCGGUUAAACGAAUAUGUUGAGCAAAUAUCUAUAUAAACUCGACCAGUUAAGCAGCCCUGAACACAAGAAAACUAUUGUUGUUGUUCAUGAGAGCUUAUAAAGAACCAAUUAUGAUGAUACUACUAAUUCGACAUUAUUAUUAUUAUUUUUUGUAUAGAACUGCCAAUAUUUUGUCAUUUCAAUUUGUAUGUCACAUUUUUCAUGGUGGGAAAGAAUAGAUCAAACCACUGACUCGCGAUAAUGUUACGACUUUGUUCUUAAUGCGAAUUCUUUGUUGUGUUGUUUUUGUUUGUCCCGUUUCUGUUGUUAGAAAUUCUUUGACAACUAAAUGUAAAAUGAAAUAUAUUUAUGUAACCAAACUCUUCAGAAGUUUUAGGGCUAAUAUGUGGUACAUGAGCUCAAAUAGUGAGGUUAUUUAUCAUAUGUGGUACAUGAGCUCAAAUAGUGAGGUUAUUCAUCAUAUGUGGUACAUGAGCUCAAAUAGUGAGGUUAUUCGUCAUAUGUGGUACAUCAGAUUAAAUAGUGAGGUUAUUCAUCAUAUGUGGUACAUGAGCUCAAAUAGUGAGGUUAUUCAUCAUAUGUGGUACAUGAGCUUAAAUAGUGAGGUUAUUCAUCAUAUGUGGUACAUGAGUUCAAAUAGUGAGGUUAUUCAUCAUAUGUGGUACAUGAGCUCAAAUAGUGAGGUUAUUCAUCA